GGCAACAAUGCCCAACAUCCUGACCAAUGCUGCACUUGUUCAAGGACGUUGCGCUAGUGCAAGGCAGAUGUACUAGCUAGUUGCACUAAGUCUGGACCUUGAGUUCUAGACUCAAGGUCUGGAACAACAAAUCUUUUCACACAAUGCAUAAUUAAUCUAUGGAAUUCUCUGCCACAAGAUGUGGUGGCAGCCACCAGCCGGGAUGGCUGUAAGAAGGGCUUAGAUAUAGUAAUGGAGUACAAGUCUAUCAAUGGCUACUAGUCUGAGGGCUAUAGGCCACCCCCAGUCUCAGAGCCAAUAUACCUCUAAAUACCAGUUACAGGGGAGAAACAGCAAGAGAGAGGGCAUGCCCUCAUGCCUUGCCUGUGGGCUUCCCAGAAGCAUCUGGUGGGCCACUGUGUGAAACAGGAUGCUGGUCUAGAUGGGCCUUGGGCUUGGUCCAGCAGGGCUGUCCUCAUGUUCUUAUGAUUAGUGUUAUGCUAGUGCAAAAUCUUUGCACUUGCUUAACAAUAUAUGCAAGCUGUGUCGCAUCUCCUGUGUUUUUCAGCAAACAUUUGCACAAAAGUGAAAUUUUGAGCAUCAUGAUUUCACACACCUCCGUGAUCUUGCACUUGUGCGACUUGGUUCAUUGCACAAGCACAGUGUUAGUUGGAAUGUCGACCACUGGUAAUUACCUUUUCUGGUUGGCCAGAUGAAAUAAGAGUAGGGUUGAGGGGAGCCAAGCAACAAAUCUGUUAAGAUACACCCACCAAAGACCCUACCAUCCUGAUUUUCUUGUGUUUGGUAUAGCUGCUCUUAGCAUCUCUUCUUGUUCCCAAUAAAUACUUCCCCCUGUGUGUGACAGAUUGAUUCUUCUUCAGGAGACCUAUGGAGCAAUUAAAAAACCUGCGUAUAAAUGCUAGUUUGGGGCAGUUCUAGCUUUUGGACUAGCUAUUGCACAUUGAGGCUACCCUGAGCUUUUUGGUGCUUGGGAUGCAGGGAGUGACAUGAGGAAAGCUGGCCCUGAACAUUCUCUGGCAAGCGGGUGAGCCCUCCAGCUCCGUCAAGUAACUUCAGGAAGGAAGGAAGGAAGGAAAUGGUGUUUUCAUGCUGUGAGUUAGAAGAACUACAGAGGGCAUUUAACGAGCAUAACUUCAACAAAAUGCAGCUACCCCUUCUUCCCCGCACAGCCCCGGCAAGGCCUCUGAGCUGGUGUCAGCUGGAGUGGGCUGGGUCACAGAGGGGUGGGGUGGGGCAGAGAUGGGCUGAUAGCUCAGAGCAGCUGCAGGGCUGUCUGUACCGAGUGAGCGAGUGAAGUUCCAUUCUCUUUCUGUCUGCCUGGCUGUCAAGUCACAACCCAGUCUCUCUGAUUUGCAUCCAUCUCAUUCCCAUCGGGCAGAAUUUGCUGCCUCCUCCUCCGCUAUUUGUUCCUGUGUAAUUGGUUUUCUGGGUGCAGUCUCGGGGCUUUUCCCUUUCUGUUUCCGCCUGCCAGAGGAAGAGGAACGUGAUAUCCCAAGGCCGGCUGCCGUGCUCUCUGAGUGUACGUGCAUACAGAUAUCUGGCGUGCCUGGACUUGGAAACCGUCAACAUUUGCCCACGAUACAUGAGACGAAAGACUUGGGAGAGAGCGAGCAACUUUUGAAUAGGGGGGGAAGGACAAAAUUCCAGCAAGCAGCCUUUCUGCUGAAGUUUAGAGAAUAGUCCAGGAGGAAGCUGUGUGUGACUGUCCCAACACGUCUGGAUGGAACUGAAGCGUCCUGGCACCAGGAGUUGAGAUUGGACUCAAAAGCCUUCUCGUUGACGUGUCCAAGUUUGUUCUGACCUGCUGGCUCUGUGGCUUUCAGCCUUGCCGUCUCUGCGCCAGGGAUCUUCUCGUUGGGGAGUGGAAUGGUCGAAGAGGGUACAAGUCGGGGGGAUCGGGCUCCCCGUGGUGGCGGGCCACGGGGAUCCCCACGCCCUCCAGCCCCGCCGCGUCAUGGCAUCUCAGUGGUGGGGAAAGCGGUGUGGAGUGUGGCACGAGCCGGCAAAGGAUGGCGCUUUGAACGAGCCGUCGGGGUUGACUGCAGCUUGCCCGAACCCCGUUGCAUCUGGUUGACGAGUUUGCGGAACGACAACGCUGAGUGGUGGGAGAAGCGGUGGCGCCGUGCCGGGGCAGUUAUGGCUCGGCAGAAGUGCCGUGCGCGGCCCAGAAUGGACAGGAAUCUUACGCCAAAGUUGGGCCAGAGAGAUGGUACGGCUACGAACGCCAACGCCCCCCCUGUGGAGUCCUUUCCCUGGGUGGGGCCAAAGACAGUGGUGCUACACAAGAACUCGCAGGGGGGUUAUGGCUUCACUCUUCGGCAUUUCAUUGUCUACCCCCCGGAGUCAGCAGUUCAUUCCAAUGUGAAGGAGGAAGAAAAUGGAAACAGAACAGGCCCUCCACGGAACCGUCUGGAGCCCAUGGACACCAUCUUUGUGAAAAGCGUGAAGGAGGAUGGUCCAGCACACUUGGCUGGCCUCCGGACAGGAGACCGUCUUGUUAAAGUGAAUGGCGAAAGCAUCAUUGGGAAAACCUACUCACAAGUUAUUGGCCUCAUACAGAACUGUGAAGAUGCUUUGGAACUCUCCAUCAUGCCCAAAGAUGAGGAUAUUCUGCAACUGGCGUAUUCUCAAGAUGCCUACCUAAAGGGCAAUGAACCAUAUGCUGGAGGGGCUCAGAGUAUCCCUGAGCCGCCACCCAUAUGCUAUCCUCGCAAAACUUACCCGUUCCAGUCAAGGGCCUCUCCCCGAGAUGUCUCAGCAACUGAGAUGUACCAGGGGCAGCAGACGGACAACAGACAGCCCUACCGUUCAGGGUCAUCAGGCCCAUCUUCUCCCUUAAAUAGCACAGCAGCCCACAGAACUCCCCCUAGUGCCUGGUCUGAGUCCACGCAGAACUUCACUAGCAACCAUUCCAGCCCUUCGCAUCGUACAGAGGAGAUCCAGUAUGGAAUGACUCAAAGGGCAUCUGUCACAAGACCCCUCCCAGCUUCUGGCUCCUUCUCCCGCUAUUCUAACAGCAGCUGCCCAGGUUCUAUAGCCGCCCCCUUGCCUGAGAGGUACUGUGCCCCUCCUGCUCCCUCUAUGCCCAAUCACGCCUGCUAUGGGGCCCCCAAACGCCUCCCAGACCACCGCCCUCAUGGCGGGUUGAAGGACACUCCCUGUGAGGGCCGGCCCUCUCGGGACUGUAUCGGGGCCGGCCCCAAAUCUGUCAGCCGUCUAGAAUGCCAACAGGCCUUGUCCAACUGGAUCUCAAGCCAAGUGCCACGACGAAGCUCCUCAGAGGAGCGCCGCUGCGCCAUGCCUCCUCGCUACCGGAGUGUUUCUCAAGACCGUCUGGGGGAUGCCCCAGCCACGCGAGGUUGGCCUCACAGUGCUUCUCAAGACACCUUAAUACAGCCACCUGCCCGUGACAACUGGGGCUACCGGGCUAGAUCGGAUAACUAUCUGGUAAAAUAUGGGCAGUCUCUGGAAGCUCUUGAGCAGGAUGCCUUGGUUUCUCCCAGGUAUGAGAGGUGUAUGUGGCCACCAGACAGGUUUUACCGGCAUGGGCAAAUUAACCGAGCCCAGCCUAAUCAUCCCACUUCCUAUAUUCCUUCUGCCUCUUCCAGGGAUCCGCCUCCUAUGCAUGUUCAAAAACACCCUUCCCAACCCAACCUCCAGAACAUUGAGGACUCUGGGUAUAUUGGUUACCGAAGCUACAGCCCCUCAUUCCAGCGCCGGACAGGCUUGCUCCAUGCCCUUUCUUUCCGGGACGCUACUUUUGGUGACCUUCCCACCUUCAAUAUUUCUCAGAGGCAAGUAAACCACUCAGCACCACCUUACCUGGAGAGGCCUUUGCCCGCUGCCAUGCUCCCAAGUGCCCCUGCUCCUAGCCUGGACCCUCCAUCGGACAGUAGCCCUGAAAUCCCUGUGGACCAAAGACUAGCCAAACAGGAUGAUGACGCGAGGCCUCUCGAGCGAGCUUCUCCAUCUCAAGCCACAGAACGGUUGCAGCCUGAGGCUGAGGAGAGGAGGGACGAGGUGGUUCUCCGGCAAAAGCCUCCAACUGGACGCAAAAUGCCUGCUCCUGCAAGACAGAUGAAUUUUGUCUUCCCAGACGACAUGAAGGAAACAGACAUUUGUGAUCUGCCUCCACCGGCGCUGGUAGCUGGUAAAGAGAACAAGCGGGGGGUGGCCCCAUUGGCUACGCCAGAGGAUUCCCUAGCAUCCAUCCCAUUUAUUGAUGAGCCAACGAGCCCCAGCAUUGACCUGAAGGCGAAGCACAUUCCCGCCUCCUCCGUUGUCUCCAGUGCCAUGAAUUCCGCCCCCGUGCUCUCAGCCAGCCCCUCGUCUCCCACUUUCACCUUUGCCAUCAACCGCCAUUACUCCCAGGAUUGCAGCAACAUCAAAGCCAGUCGCCGGUCUUCCUACCUCUUAGCCAUAACCACAGAGCGCUCCAAGUCAUGCGACGAUGGUCUGAACACAUUUCGAGAUGAGGGGAAGCUUCUGCGGAGGUUGCCAAGCCGUGUGCCAAGCCUACGCAUGUUAAGAAGCUUCUUCACUGAUGGGUCUCUGGAUAGCCUGGGCACCUCCGAAGACACCCGGUCAAAGCGACAUUCGACCUCUGACCUGUUGGAUGUCACUUUCAGUGAUGUGAGGAAAGAGGGCUGGCUCCACUACAAACAAAUCCUCACCAAGAAAGGCAAGAAAGUUGGCGGAGGCAUCCGGCAGUGGAAGCGGGUCUUCGCUGUUCUGCGUUUGCACUCACUCUACUUAUGCAAAGACCGGCGGGAGGCUGUGGCUGGUGCCCCGCCCCCAGGUGAGGAGGAGCAGCCGCCCAUCAGCGUCCGAGCGUGCCUGAUAGACAUCUCCUACAGUGACACCAAGAGGAAGCACGUCUUCCGGCUGACGACCGCUGACUUCUGUGAAUGUCUCUUUCAGGCCGAGGAUCGGGAUGACAUGCUGGCCUGGAUUAAAGCCAUCAGGGAAAGUAGCAAAGCCGAGGGCGAGGACCCUGGGUUUGCAAGCCAAGCACUGAUCAGUAAGAAGCUAAAUGAUUACAGGAAAGUGAGCUCAUCUGGGACCAAACCAGACUCCUCCCCGAAAGGUCCUCGUGGGCUGGGGGUGAAGUCAGAGCUGCAGAAACAAAUAGGAAUAGGCCCACCCCGCUCCCCACGGCAGGAUGCAGUAACGCUAAGAGAUGACAAUGUCCCUCAAAAAGUCCCCUGGGGUAUCCAUAUAAUGAAGAAGAACAAGAAGCCUGCUCCACGGGCCUUUGGUGUGAGGCUAGAAGAUUGUCAGCCAGCCCCUGACAACAAGAAAGUCCCUCUGAUUGUGGAAGCCUGUUGCAAAGUGGUGGAAGAUAAAGGCUUGGAAUACAUGGGCAUUUAUCGGGUCCCUGGGAACAAUGCUGUGGUCUCCAGCCUGCAGGAGCAGCUCAACAAAGGGUCUGCAGAAAUCAACCUGCAGGAUGAGAGAUGGCAAGACCUGAACGUCAUCAGCAGCCUCUUGAAGUCCUUCUUCCGGAAACUCCCAGAACCAUUGUUUACAGAUGAUAAGUACAACGAUUUCAUUGAAGCCAACCGGAUUGAAGAUGCCAGCGAAAGAAUGAAGACCUUGCGCAAACUGAUCCGGGACUUGCCAGGCCAUUAUUUUGAGACACUGAAAUUCCUGGUGGGCCAUCUUAAGACAAUUGCAGAUCAUUCAGAAAAGAACAAGAUGGAGCCCCGGAAUCUUGCCUUGGUGUUUGGUCCCACCCUUGUCAGGACAUCAGAGGACAACAUGACCGACAUGGUGACACAUAUGCCUGACCGCUACAAAAUUGUGGAGACCCUCAUACAGCACUCAGACUGGUUCUUCAGUGACAAGGAGGAUAAAGGUGAGAAGACCCCCGUAGAUGAGCAGGAGGCCCAAUCAGUGCCAAAUAUUGAGUACCUUCUGCCCAACAUCGGGAGGACAGCAGCACCAGGGGAUGCUUCAGAUUCAACCAAUAGCGGCUCAGCUAAAUCGAAGGCUUCGUGGGGCUCACGGAAAGAGCACUACCACAAGGAGAUGCUUGCCAUUUCCUUCAUCUCAGCUGUCAACCGCAAGAGGAAGAAGCGGAGAGAGGCCAAGCGUUUUGGGAGCAGCACAGAUGACGACUCUGAGCAUGAGUCGGCUGCCAAGCCAGCCACCAAGAGAGAUGAGGAGGAGGCUGAGGAGGAAGAUGGGGAGGCCGAGGGGCUCGGGAGCAGCGCCAGAGCUCCAGUGCCUGAUGCACGGAGCGGUCCAGAGUGCACUGCAAAAUUGGGAGCAGAGUCAGGAGAGAGGAAGGUGGUGGCACCUCGGGGUAGCCCAGAACCGGCAUCUGAUGCCCGCUCCAUCGUGUCUGGUUACUCCACCCUGUCUACCAUUGAUCGCAGUAUGUGCUCCGAGGUGCAGUCGGUAGCAGAGAGCCGUGGGGAAGAAGCAGAUGAUGAGCGGAGUGAAUUUAGCCAUGUGGAGACAGAUACUGAGAACGGUUUUGUGCCAGGGCAGGUUGGGGUGCUCCCAGAAGGAGCUGGGAUGGCAGCGGUGGUGGAAGGUGGAGCUACUGCCUCUGACAAAAUGCCUCAUCGGGCCUCCUUCAGCUCCCACCGCCUCAUGCAGUGCGACACCCUGGCACGGCGCAAGCUCUCCCGACCCCGUCGCAACAGUGAGGCCUCCUCCAAAGACAGCUCUGAAGUUCCAAGCUCCAGCUCACCGGGUAGCCAGGAGUCGUUGCAGCCCACAUGCACCACAGAGGUCCACGUCCGGCCUUCCCUCGCGGAGCAGCUGAGACUCCGCCUCCGUGGCUCAGCAGACGACAUGCUGGCAGUGCGCCUGCGCAAGCCACACUCGCCCGAGACGCGGCGCAAGAAGAACAGCUGGAGGCGCCACACUGUCGUGGUGCCUGGCGGCCUCAAGGAUCUCAACUACAACGAGUGGAAAGAGCAGCACAUGUCAGGGGCUGCUGAGGCCCGCCCGUUAGACACCUCGAGCAAGGAUCCCCUGAGGGACAACAAGGACUCUGGACUCAGUAGCCUGGAGUCAACCAAAGCUCGGCCUUCCUCCUCCACGCCGGGGAGCAUGGCAGCUCCUGGUCAGCAGAGUGGUAGUGAGCAGCACUGCAAGGGCAGCUCCGAGGGGCGCUCAGCUCCCCGGCGUACAGCCUCCUUACGCUUCCACCAGUGUCUCUAGAAAGCCUACUGUGGAGGCUCUGGCUAGAAUGGCUGCAAAGAAUCCCUGAGGUUAGCUGUGUCCGUAGCCUUGACCUGAGCCUGGGGGGUGGAUGGCCACCAAUGCAGCCUCCCACUUGAGCUCCCACUAGCAGUUCUGCCUUGCCUUCUGUGAUACCUCAUACGUCAGUGGAGCAAGAGCCUUUGCCCUCCUCCCUGGCCUCGCUUUCUGGUCCUCUCCCCCCUGGUGUUAAUUUAAUGUCACCCCUAUUUUGUGACCGACGGGUUUAUUUAUUUAUCCCCAUCCCCCCAGGGAGGUGGUUGGAGAAAAGAAAGCCGAGGUAGGUGCAACAUGGAUAGGGCUCUUCAGCUGCCAGUAGGAAGGUUGUCUCUUGGUUUGGGCACCUGGAGGCUCUCUGGUUAAUGGGAUGAGCAGCCCCAUGCCAGCUUCAAUGCUUCUUUCCCAACUCCAGAGUUCCAGCCCAUAGUUGGAAUGUAAGGUAUGUUUUGGAAGGAGAGGAGAAGUGGAGGAAGCCAGAAUUGCUCCGCGUUGCCCAGGAAGAAGCUCUUCAUACUCUGCCUCAUUUCCAGCCAGUCCACUUUGCCUUUUCUGUGUCUGACUGAGGAGGGCCGGAGCUGGGUGAACCAUGCUAAUGGAUGCAAACUCAUGUGACCAUAUGAUCACUGCCAAAGCUCUGUGGCUGAUUAAGCCUCUGCCCCAUGCACCGUUCCACCUCAGAAGCCCCCUUUCCACCAUGCAGGAUUCCUUUUCUCCAGUUUCCUCCUAUUGAUAUCCAAACUGCAGCCAUUGGUGUCUGUCUCAAGCGCCUUUCAAUGGGUCCCCAUAUAAUACCUGCAGCCCCCUCGGCCUUUCCCCAAGGCAAGCAGGGGGGUGGCCUCUCUCCAGAUUUCCCAUCUGUGGUGGCUCAUUCUUAGCAAGGUUCUUACAGAAUUGGCUGCCUUACCUAUCACCCUUCUUUUCAGUUGUAGCACUUAAGCACAGAUCCUGUGGGCAUAAAGUCAUCUCAGGCUAUGCACUUGCCCAUGAACAUCAUCCCAACAGGAGAAACCAAAAUGGCAGAGCCAUAAUGGGUGCCUGAGAGGCAUAUGGCUUGACCAUGCUUAACAUGCACUGCUGUUCCCGUCCUAUCCUGUAUUCUAAACCCACAAAGAACCCUGUAGCACCUUAAAACCAUACGUUCUGGUCCGUGAAAGCUUAUGCUACAUUAAAUUGAUUAGUUUUUAAGGCGCGACAGGAUUCACUGCUGUUUUGCUGCAACAGGUUAACAAAACUACUGCUCUGCAAUCUAGUUUUUCAAACCCCUCUUGCAGUAUUUCCCUCUUGGCAGAACCCGGGUUAACCUCUGGCGUUGCAUCCCUCCUUUCUGUCCUGCUCACCUAAAGAAGUUGACUUAAGCCUCCCGCCCCCCACAGUAUAUUGUCUUCUCCCAUGAGGGCAUGUGAACACUUUUACAACUUAAAUUUUCUAUUCAGCUGCUCAGUACUUGGAGGAGUUGACAUAGCUGGUCCCAGUCUAGGUAUCUGACCCUCUCUUAUCUCCUAGCCAUUGUACAAAGCAUGGCUUUGAGAGCUGACGCAAGUUCCUCCCUGUGCUCUGUGUUAGGGUCAGGUAUGUGGUGUCUGGAGUAGAGAACAGGGUUAUUUAUGCAGAUGAGAAUUCAGCUGGCUGCCUCUAUGCUUGUAAGAGCUCCCUACAACAUUUGGUGCUAAAAGUGGAUGUGUGGGAUAAACCACCUCCAAAGGACUGCAUAACCUGUGUAUGAGUUUCUUGAGCUAACAUUGUGUGGACUGUGCCACCCCACAUUUAGCCCAUUGUUAAUUCCCAUCUGCAGCACAGAGAGGCAGUAGAUUGGGCAUCAACAGUGCAGGCACUGUGUGAGCAGUGGGGCAGAGAAGAUGCAUGAACACAAUGGAGACACAAUAUGAUCCCCACGCCCCUCCAUGGCCCUAUGCAGAAAUGCCAUCAAAGAGGCCAGGUGAUGCUUUUGCUUUUAGGAUUCCCACAAUAAUCAGUAUGUGUGCCAUUUGUGAAGAUUCCAUUCAUUCAAGCAAUGGCUGAAAUGUCAGAUCAUACCACCGUGUGCUAUGCAGGUGUCCUCUAAUAUUUUUUUAAUCCUUUUUGGUGCUAUAUUUGUUUUUAACAAUAUCAUCUGGUUUUUGGCUUUCUCAGUAUAUUGGACAAAAAGAAAUAAAACAAAGGAGCCAUUCAUUGACAAUCAGGGUACCCAUGCCUGCUGUCAGUGCUUCUUGCAUGACUUUCCUUUUGAGGGACAACUUGUAUAUGUUUUGAUUGUCAGGGUGUUGCGACUUUCCAGCCACCUCACGUCUUAGUAGAAUCUCACCUGCCUGUAAGGCACAUGAGAAAAAUAAAAGGGACUCUCCCAGUGAAGUUGCAGAGGAGGAAAGCUUUAGUAAGUUAACUUUAUGGAGUGUGUGAUUGGUACCACCUCUAUUCUCCCCUCCCUCCGCCUUUUGGCAAAAAUUUAACCACUUUGGGAGCAGCUACACAAUAAUCUUCUGUAGAAGAAAUCUCACCUUGGAGACACUUUGCCCUCUUUUUCUCACACAGUGAACCACAUAUACUGCCCAGUGUCAAUCAAACCCAGUGUAUUUCAGUGGCAUCAGUUCAGAUGUUCAGUUGUGAGAACUCAAGUGAUGAACAUGCAUAUGUGUGGUGGACCUGUCUUGUAAGAGCUAGCAGACAGUGUGCACAUCUUGUGCAUAAGUGGCACAAUCAAAGAUUAGGGGAAUUAACAUUCAACUCUGCCAUUUCAAACCUUUCAAAGCCAUCCAAGGUACAGAUGGAUUGGUAACCUAGGCACCAAUAAUAAUAAUAAUAAUAAAAGUCUAGCAUUGAAAUAGUGCUUUUUCAUGUUCAAAACUCUUCAGAUACCAUAUCUUGUGUCCUCGUAACCAUGCUUAUAAUUACUUUUGAGAAUGUGCAGUGAUUCUAGAGAUGUGCAAAAACCCUCAACCAGUGUUCCCUCUGUGUGUGCACACACACAUGUGCUCACAUUUUUUUUUAAUGUCUACUCAGUUCAUUUGAGAUCCCGCUCAGGUUGAAUCAGGAGGAUCCCGCUCUGAAUGCAUGUGCGCGCACUGCCUUGAUACUGCCACCCAGAACAAAACUCAUUCCGCACACAGAUGAAAAAAAUUAGAGAGAACACUGCCCUCAACCAAAUAGAAUUACACUUUGAAUUCCGUCGGUUUCCUUGACAACAGAACUCAAAUGUUUGGCCUGUCAGAUCCCACUUGUCCUCUCUGUGCUUUUUCCAUACCGGAUGUCUUUGGCAUUUUAUAAUUCCCACAAGAACUACACCAUGUAUGUGGCCAUUGUGCAUAGUCCAUGAUGCAGUGCAACUCAGAGUGAUGCAUGAUGACAUCUGGGGAUUGUCUAGUGCUAAAAAUAAUAGGUAUGGCAGUAUGGAGACCAUCGGUCAUCUAGCAGAAUUCAUGCACAUUGGGGAGAGGCUGUAGCUCAGUGGUGAAGCUCCUGCUUUGCAUGCAAAAGGCCCCAAGUUCAAUCCCUGGCAUCUCCCGGUAGGAUUGGGCAAGACCCUGACUGAAACCUUAGCCUAGACAGACAUUGCCAGUCAGUAUAGGCAACACUGACCGAGAUGGACCACAAGGCAGCUUUUCGUAUGUUCAAAUAUACACCGUUCCCACCCAAUUCAGACUGAUUUCACCCAAUAUCCCAAAUUUUGCACCUAGAUCCAUAUUAGGCUGCAACUGCCCAUGGUACAUGGUGUGCUGAGACUGGCAGGUUUUCAGCUGGAAUUGGAAUUCUACUAAUGAUUAUACAGUUUAUAGAUUAGUUUGUUUCCUCCUCUUAUGCAGAAAUCAUUAUCUUUCCACAAACAGCAUGAGACUGUCAUGAGAGGAGGCGAUUGGUUGGUUGGCAUGUUCUCCUUGUUUAGCAGUGGUUGCAAUAUUGCCUCAGAGAAGUAAAAUGCAUAUAAAUAAUAUCCUUUAUGUGAAAAAGUUUGUGAAAGCUUUUAAACUUCAAAAGCUUUGGGGGCGCUUUCAUUGUCACUCCUGACCAACAAAGAGUUCUGUGAAACUCAAAAGCUUGCACAGUCCUGAGCAUUGUCAGAUUUGCUGAAUCUUUUCUGCAGUUAGAAAUGAGGAGUAACUUAAUCCACAUGCUCUCCAGUAUCUGAAUGGCUUCAACAGAGUUUCGGCCAAGAGGGAGGUUUCAUGAAGCAAAUUCCCCCAAAGGACACAGAGGAUGUAAGCUCUGUUUAUGCUAAUGAGAACAGGAAGCAAAUGUUUGAAUACAGACACCAAACAAUUAAAAUAUCUAUCAAUUGCCUAUAAUUUGUGCUAUGGUCAAAAGAGCAAGAAAGUUCCACACCUUCUAAUGCAAAUGUCACAGCCAUUCCAUUGAGGCCUUGAAAAGGGGUGGGCAUGCAUGCUGAAGUGUGGAAUUUAAAACGGAAUGAAACAAAACUAUGUACUAUAUUGUUAUGCAUUGUUCUUAUACUUUUAUGCAAGAUUUUGCUGUAAAGUUUUUUUUCACUUUAUUUUGUACAUAGCCUUUAAAUGUGUAACAUACAAUGAAAGAGUUUAUAAGGAUUUUUUAAAGACUUUUUUGUUUUCCUCCUUUUAAAACAAAAACAACAAUUGAAGUUAUGCUACAGUGUUGAAUUUUUUUUUAUUUUUAAAAAAAUCUGCCUGCAUGGUUUGUCCCCCAUCUCAUCAUCACUGUGUUGUACAUUGUCGGACAGUAUAUAUGGUCAAACAAAACAACGGAAGACACCCAGACUCCACUUUGAGAAUAGCCUCAGAAUUACAAUUAUAUAUAUAUUGGAAAUAAACUGGCUUGCUCAGAGAA